AUGGAUUUUCAGGGCAGAGCGCGUCUGGGUUCGCGGGCGUGGCAGGCGUGGCGGGGUCAACCCUGGUGGGUGCCCAGGUGGUUUGUUUACAUCGACAGGCCCGUCAGCCCGUCAGCCCGAGGAGGGAUGCAGCUUGCACGAGAAGCCAUAAACCUCGACGGACUGCACAAGGGCAACUUGUCCAAUGGGCUAAUAGAUAAUAAUUGA